AUGGAGGUGCAGGCCCAAGUACUUCGAAUCAUCAACAAGAAAUCCAAGAAAGAACAGCGAAGGAAAAACGUGACAAGAAAAGUGUUUUCUCGACUCGAGAUGUUAGAAGGUGCUAAAUCAAUAGGUGCCGGAGCUGCUACAAUUGCUUUAGCCGGAGCUGCUGUCGGUAUUGGAAACGUCCUCAGUUCUUUGAUUCAUUCCGUGGCGCGAAAUCCAUCAUUGGCUUAA